ACGAAGACGCACAGAGCCUGUUUGAGUAAGACCAGAAUGGAAGAAUCCAAUGGGGACCUUCCCAUCCAGAGAGACACCAUCCUAUCCGAGUUGUGCUGUGAUCACAUCACCGUAACAAACCUGGUGGAAGUGCUGAGAUCUUUGGUGGCUUUAACUGACCCUCAGGAGGGGAAGCUGACUCAGUCUCAAGAGAAAGCAUUAAACUUGCUGGGCGUUUGGAAAACCGUAUUUGCAGCUGUUCCUGGGCCUACGUCCAAGACCUUGGUGGAGUGACAGCUCGAACAUGGGAGAUCAGGAUGCAGGUGAACCCUUUCUGGGGAUAGUGGCUAGUGGUGCAACAGACUACGAAGGAGCUCUGCCCUCAGACACAGUGUCGCUCAGCGAUUCUGAUUCUGAUGAUUUAGGGUUAGCGGAUGAAGCGGAAGUUGAUACAAUAUCUCCUGAGGAGCCAUCUGUAGAUGAUGGGGAUUGCAGAUCAGGGGAGACCCUCGACUCUUCAGACAGCAGUCACAGAUCUCCUGUCCAGCCAUUCCAUCUGAGGGGCAUGAGUUCUACGUUCUCUCUCCGUAGCCAGAGCAUUUUUGAUUGCCUGGAAGAGGCGGCCAAGUUGUCUGUGCCCUCGAUGCCUGAAGAUAAUGUUGUUGAUGGGAGGUUUAAGCGUCCAUUGCCUCCAACCACAGUUUCAGGUAACAUGGUUCCAGAAAGCCUGGGAAAGCAAGCCAAACCAGUGCAGGCUCCCAAAACCUCUCCUGCAGUGCCUGACUAUGUGGCACACCCAGAGCGCUGGACCAAAUACAGCCUCGAUGGAGUUUCAGAGUCUAGUGACAAGACUAACAGGGCAGUGGCCAUGGAAUUUCUAGAGGGUUUGAAGAAAAGAGGGGAGGAACAAAGCUCAGCUACCCAAGAUAGCUACACCCCAUAUUUCAACCAGGACCCUUCCAGCUGUGGAGCUGGGAGGAUUGUCUUCACCAAACCAGCAAAAAGGGGUGUUGAUGGACUGGAAAAGAAAACAUCAGCAGGGGAGGAUGAUAAGAAACACAUGAAAACAGAUCUGAAAGGAAAAUCUCUUAAGAAGACUGAUGACUUGAGGGAGGAAGAUAAGGUAGAGCUGGGGCACUUAGAUAGUGGAAGUGGAAAGGCAACAGAGGAGGAGGAGUGCCUGAUGGUGGGGGACCUGAAUAGAGAAGGUAAGCUUAGUGCAAGGUUUAGUGGUGAGGGUGAAGAGCCAUCGGUGGAAACAGUUGGAUUCCAUUGCAGUAAGAAGAAGAACAGGAAAAAUUUCCGACCUAAAGUAGACAAUGAAGGGGAGGAGGAAGAGUCCUGAAGGUUGGAGGACAUUGGAGACAUCCAGGGACUUGUAUUGUCUUUGGGUAUGUUUGUUUUUUUCUCUGACUUUUUUUUUCUGGUCUGGAAACCAUGCAAUAGCUUUUUGUCCAACGGUUUGCAUCGUAGCCACCAAGAACAUUUGAUAUUGUUAGAAAUCAAGCUACCUAAAAUACACUCCAGACUUUUUGUUCGUGAGAAGUCUAUGGGCACAGGAUAGUUGCACCCUAGCAGGAGAGAAUAAGGUGUGCUUUGUUUGCUUGAGCAGCUUCCUGGGACUUGCUCUGGUGCUGAAGUAGCUGAAGAAAAAAAUGUGUUAGCUAAAAGGCUGCAAGGUUUCCUACUAAGUCCCA